AUGGAGGUGGACACACUGGAUGCUAUCUUGGCUCAAAACAAGAUUAUGUCCCAGCAAAUUAGCAUGGUCUCUCAGCAUUUAACAGGGAUGCAAGUCUCAGCUGUCAACACUCAAGAGGCAUCCUAUGACAUGACUGGGAGCUACAACCAAGGAGAUGCUUAUGGCUAUGCUCAACCCACCACUGAGCAAUUAAGUAAGAGGAUAACUGAGAGGCCUCCUAACACUUUUUCCAGUAACACGGAGGUGAAUCCAAGAGAAGAGUGUAAGGCCCUUGCCAUGGCCAAGGAGGCUGAGCCUAAAGAGGUGCAUGCUGCUAAGAAAUUGAAGGAAGAAAAGGCUCAAGAAGAGGCUGGAAGCACAAUGUUACACGCCCCAUUGGUGGCACAAGAGCCUGAAGUACAACCCCCUCAGAAACCUCAAGAGGAGACCAAGGAUGAGCAGUUGACUCAAUUCUUGGAAAUAUUUAAAAAGCUAUACAUCAAUAUUCCUCUUGCUGAGGUAUUGGAGAAGAUGCCUCUUUAUAUGGCCUUCAUGAAAGGCAUACUCUCUAAGAAAAAGGCCUUAAAGGGAGAUGAAACUCUGGUCUUAACCAAGGUGUGCAGUGCAUUGAUUCAGAGGAAGCUACCUAAGAAGAUGCCAAACCCCGAAAGCUUCCUGAUUUCCUGUACCAUUGGGAAUAUUACUUUGGAGAAAGCACUGUGUGACCUUGGUUCAAGCAUAAAUCUGAUGCCUCUGUCUGUAAUGAAGAAGCUGGGAAUCCAAGAAGCAUAG